GUUUCUCGAUCUUGAGAUUUCUUUGUAAGAACGAAACGAAAAGCUUACGAUGUCCGCCGAAUCAGCCAGCGAUAUUCCUAAGGGACAGGUUGAUUUGCUUGAUUUCAUUGACUGGUCUGGUGUUGAAUGCCUUAACCAAAGCUCGAGUCACUCCUUGCCCAAUGCUCUCAAACAGGGGUAUAGAGAAGAUGCGGGUUUGAACCUAGAGAGUGAUGCUGAUGAACAACUACUAAUCUAUAUUCCUUUUAACCAAGUUGUUAAACUACAUUCUUUUGCUAUCAAAGGCCCUGAAGAGGAAGGUCCUAAAACGGUGAAGUUUUUCUCAAACAAAGAACACAUGUGCUUCAGUAAUGUCAAUGAUUUUCCUCCAAGUGACACCGCUGAACUAACCGAAGAAAAUCUUAAGGGAAAACCGGUGAUCCUUAAAUAUGUUAAGUUUCAGAAUGUUCGUAGCUUAACGAUAUUCAUUGAAGACAACCAAUCCGGUUCUGAGCUCACAAAGGUUCAGAAGAUCGCUCUCUACGGCUCAACGGUUGAGACUACUGAUAUGAAGGGAUUGAAGAAGAUUGAAGAUCACUGAGCAAACAAAAGAGUUAUAAUCAUCAUAUGACAUUUAAUCACUUUGAUUUCUACUAUUCUGUUGUUGUUUUAUUUUCUUUUCACUUACUUUUUGAAAUUAAAAAAAAAAAUUGAAAUAAACUAGAACUUGCGAUUAUAAGUUGAAUAACUUUAUUUCAUAUUCGUUGAGACCAGAAGCUAUGGCUCAAUGAUUC